GGGCAAUUUACAGGCAUGCAGAAGACGGAGAAAAUGGGAGGAGAAGAAGAAUGAAACCCUUCUCCUCUAUUUAUAACUUCUCUUUCCAAAGCAGCAUCAGAAGCAGAAGCAGAAGCAGAAGCAGCAGCUGAUUUUCAUGGGUUCUCUGCUCGGCAACUGGCCUUCCUACGAUCCCCAUAAUUUCAGCCAAUUACGGCCGUCGGAUCCUGCUCAUCCUUCCAAAAUAACACCUGCCACCUAUCAUCCUACGCAUAAUCGGACUGUUCCACCACCUAAUCAAGUAAUUUCGACAGAGGCAACAAAUAUUCUCUUGAGACAGUUCUAUCAACGGGCCGAAGAGAAGUUGAGACCAAAGAGAGCUGCCUCGGAGCUUUUGAUACCAGAGCACGGAUGCAAGCAGCCCAGGGGUUCUUUUGCCGAUGUUUCCAACUGAGUCUCAUUGAUUUGAAAGACCAGGCUUUCUACAUUCUGUGUAUCCACUCCCGCCUGUAUGUUUCAUGAUGUAUCACUAUUGACUGUGCUUUGCAUGCUUGCCAGACAUGUAGCUUGUUUAUAAACACUUGAUAGAACAAUUACAUGACCGGAGUGUUCUGCA